GGCUGGGGGCGGGGCCCGGGCUGAGGGAGCGGGGCCGGCGCGACGCCGGGCGGGGGGCGGUGAGCGGAGGGGCCGGCGCGGCGGCGGGAGCAGGGGCGCCUCUCCGUCCCGCGGGUUGCGGCUGCCGGGAGCCGCCCGGCCGCCCCCGCCCGCCGCGGCGGGAACUGCAGGUCCCGCGGCCCCGCGCGGGGCGGUGCCGGCCGCCAUUUCCGCGGCGCGCGCGGCGGCCGCCAUGCCGAUGAAGGGCCGGUUCCCCGUCCGGCGGACGCUGCAGUACCUCAGCCAGGGCGACGUCAUCUUCAAGAGCGCGGUGAAGGUGAUGACGGUGAACUACAACACGGCGGGGGAGCUCAGCGAGGGGGCGAGGAGGUUUGUGUUCUUCACCAUCCCGCAGAUCCAGUACAAGAACCCCUGGGUGCAGAUCAUGCUCUUCAGGAACAUGACGCCCUCGCCCUUCCUCCGCUUCUACCUCGACACCGGAGAACAAGUUUUGGUCGACGUAGAAGAUAAAACCAACAAGGAGAUAACAGAGCACAUUAAAAAAAUCUUGGGGAAAAGCAAAGACACACUCGAAAAAGAGGAAAAAGAAAGAAAAAAACUAUCACAUCCUGGAACUUUUGGUCCCAAGAAAUACCAUCUGCGCGAGUGUAUGUGUGAAAUAGAAGGGCAAGUUCCCUGCCCUGCUUUUGUACCACUGCCCAAAGAAAUGAGGGGCAAAUACAAAGCUGCUAUGAAAAAUGAAGCAUCAGCCUGAUACCUCAAGUCAGGCAGUUGUGUUCCUUCACGGUUGGAUGAUAAAGGUGCUUCAGUGAGAGACAGCAGUAUCAGCUCCUGGAAGAAGGAAAAAGUAAGCUUAUAUAAUAUAGACAUCCUUGCUUCAUAAUUCUUCACCCAGCUACAACUAGAAUAAUUCAAGUGAAAAAUAUUCUUAAAUAAAUCUAAGUUAAAAAAAAUUAUUUGUGCUAGUUUUAAAAAGCAUUGCAGUCAACUGUGCUGAAAGCAAGAAGGAAAAUGGUAUGACCAGAGUCCUGUUUCCUACUCAUGCCUACUUCCAUAUGGUCACAUCACUUUAUAAAUUCAAAAACACUGUCAUGUUUGCUAUGAGAUGGAGAAAAUAAGCUAAAAAAGUUAAUUUAGCCCUAGAAUUCCAAAGAUUUAAAGGCAGUCUAAACAUGUUCCUGCUGCUCUGUCUUGUAAUAAAGGAACACAGCUAAAUCGUAACAUAAUCCCAGGCUGAAAGUAAGUGCUGAGUUUUCUUAUUAAACUGAUGUAGUUACCAUGCACAAACAGUUAAAAGUCUCAUUUUUAAAAACAGUAAAACCUUUGCAGUUCACACUGCAGCUUUGAGAGGCAUUGAUAAAAUGAAGAAUACUGUAUCAGCAGUAAAGAGGAAUUUUUAAAUUUAGUAUUUGAAACGUGUGCUCUAUAGUUAUCUUUAUUAUCCUCCCGAAAUUUUGUUUUAAACUAUUCUUUUAAAAAUGAAGACAAUCUCAGAAACAGACUGAUUCUUCAACAAUCAUGCUUACGGAAACUGUAUUUAGAGGUUUUAUCAACUUAAGUAAAUUCUAGCCAAGUCCAUUAUGCUUCAGACUCCAAUGAUGCUGUGUACCUUCCCUCAAAUAUCCUGCAUGUGCGCACACACACACACACACACAGAAACCCCACACGCAAAACUUCAGAUCAUAACUUCUAAAGUUAGACUUCUACCUCACCAGACUUCUAUGUCACCAAUUAACCUAUACUGAUACAGUAUAGAACUACUACAGACAGUAUUAUAGUGCUUGGAAUUAGCCUGACUGGGUGGUUUGUGCAACUACCUUAUAUGCUUGAAUUAUAGUAAGAAUGUUUCAGCAUUUCUCAGCUAAUAGUUGAAUAUAAGAUUUUGCCCUGAUCCAAGCCUGCUUUAAAAAUGAUCACUGACAUAAACAGCACAAAAUAAACAUGUUAUUUUAUUUCGUCUCUUACAAAGUUUCCAGAGUAGUGCAUGCAAUUUUAACAAAUGUCAAUGCUAGUUACUUAGCUUUAUAGUUAAGAUGUCUUCAUUUUAUUGUGCCUUGUAAGUUCCACAGCAGUCCAAAUACCAGCAUAAGGUUUUCCCUUUGGAGUCUUAUGACUUUAAUGUUAGAUGUCUAGUAUAUCACUUAACACUGACAAAGAUCAUGAGGUAUGCUAGUCUUUUAUCUGCUUGUAAAAAUUAUUACAUAUACAAUAAGGAUAAUUUAUUAGUGUAUUAGACUGUAAAAUAUAAACAAGGCAGGAUAUUUGCAACAAGGGGAAAAAAAACAAACACUUUUUAAUGUACAAGCUGAAGCCACUGAAAUAUUCGUUUCAUGUUGAGACCAAAAGAUGUUCUGAGAUAUAAUGCAGGGAAUAAUUUUCUUGACUAGCAAACAGAUCUGUCUUAAAUAACUAUUUUAUAGUAGUUCUUUUAAAACAAAAAAUUCCAGGGAUUAAGAUUAGCUUUGUUAACACAUAUUCCUGCUGCCUUCAUAAACCUCGUGCCACCGUUCAGUAGUUGAGUUCUCUCUGUUUACAAAUCAGAGUCCUCUGUUCUUCAUUUCACUUAGUGCAAAAUAACACUCAAGGGCUCACUGAUCUGUAAUUAAAGAUAUUUCAGUAUAAAAGCGUUAGGAAUUUGCCUUUAAUCAAGACAACCAGUUCUGCAUACCUUACAGCUUCAGACUUAGGCUACUAGUAUGAAGGUCAGUUGUCCUUAAGUGUCUGCUCUAAGUUAUUUUGAUCAGUUAUUAGUGUCACUAAGUGAGGAUAUGAAUUUUUAUGGAAAUUCUAGAAGUCCCUACGUCCGCUUAUUAACAACAAAAUAAAACUACAGUUCCUACUGUUUAGGUAGUACAACUGUUUUGUGUCUAAAAUCCUAUCCAAUGCUUGGACUAUAGCUAUGCUAUUCAUGUAUUAUCAGAGGCAUAGUUAAAAGCAAUGUCCCAUUCCAUAAGAGUUUGCACUCCUGAGUAAGCCUAAUGGUAUUAGUGCUAUAUAGUGUGAUCUGCCCGAUUUUCCUCUAUUUCAACUUUAAAUAAGUACACCCUUUAGGCUAACCCCUCCCCAUCACCCUUUCAAACACUGAUGUCUGAUGAUGGGGCUCUGACUUUCAAGGACAAAAAUCAAAGCAGCUCAGGCUCAGUGUUUUGCAAAGAUGCAGGCUCACCUGUCACUGAAGUGAUCCUACAUUUUUAGAUACUAAUCUUCAGAUGCCCAGCUCUAAGCCCUUGUGCAUCACAGGCACUGACCUUCACCCACAGUCAUACCCUGGAUCACAAACCAUAAGCAAGGCUCUUGAUUUGGAGCUGCUUAUUUAAGACAGACAUGCUUAUAGUUUCUUCUAAGAGGAAUUAAAUAUAAAAUAGAACUGCCUUUUGGUACUAUCACAGCCACAGACUUUGUCCUCCAACUUCCACAGAAUUCCAGUUUAGUGGCACUUCAGCUUUCCCUUGUAAACAAGAUUUCUUUUCCUUGAAUGCUAAGCACAGAGGGUUCCAGUCUCACGGAUACUGGAAACAUGAUCAUUCUGUCACCCAGAGAAUACGAAGGAAUGUGCAGGUUCCAUCAGAUAACUAGGAAUUGGAAGGUUACCCUUGAUACUAUGUUUUGAAGUGGUACUAGCCUGAUGCUCUUUUUGCUGGAAAUGAGUGUUUAAAUACUCGUUCCCACACAAGCAGGUCUCUGACCAUGGCAUAGCUUGCUUUAUUACCCUGUAACCUGUGCCCAGAGCAUCUGGGAAGCUAGAAGCGAUGAAAAGGCAGCCUCCAAAGUUUACCUGGGAAUUUUUAUAAACACAGAAGAGUUACUCAUAUGAGAUCAGUUUUCAAGUUCUUUUUAUAGUCUUGAAGUCCCUUUUAUGUAUUAGCAUUGCACAGAAUUCAUCUGCAGCCUGUAAUAUCCUGCAGCUCAAAGAAUCAGUAGCCUUUUAACGGCUUAACACAUUAAGGCAAUUAAGUUAGCCUGUAACACCUGCACUGUUGUUAUCAGAGGAUACCUGAGGCACAGAAACUUCAGAAAAGUUUUGGUCUCCUUUUGAAAGGCCAAUACUACAACUACUACAAUAAUUCUGUGACAGAAAGGAGAAGGAAAGAUGACAAGACAACCUUGCGACCAUUUCCAAAUUGUGAUUCCCAAUUAGCACUCAACCAUUUUGACCGAAAUAAGCACAUGAUAAGACCAGUCAGCAUAAAAAAGACUGUAACAAAUUAUUUUAAAAUAAUUUCUUACUAAAAGUGUUCAAGACCAGCAGCAUGCCAGCAUUCCUCAAUUUUCAUUCCCCAAGACUGAGUAGUAGUGGAAAUGCCUAAAUGAAAGUGCGUAAAACUCAAGAUUCUACAAUUCCCUCUCAUAACCUAUAUUCCUCUUUACAAUUAUCUGCUCCACCUUCACAUGUUUAAACAGUGGACUUAAAACAAUCAUUACAUGACCCUGUUGCUGCCUCAGCAGUUUGAUUUCUCCUUCUGCUUUGCUAACGUGCGCUUCAAUUCCUUCAAGUUCUCUGUCAAUACCUCCACCUCAUCCAUUCGUCCACUAUGUUUGGCAUCAAAUAUAUAAGCUUUGAUAUUAUCUAUCUGUUGGAGAAGCAGUUCUUCCUCAAUAACCUCCUCUCCUGAGAGCUCAUUGUCAUCGUCCACUUCAAAGGGAUUGGUAGAGGAUCCCUCUUCAAAUGGAUUCCCAGAAUUCCAUCUGUCCCCAGGCUUUUGAAAUGUAUUUCCAUCCUCUUCAAAGGGAUUUGAAGUACUGACGGCUGCUCCAUUAGUUUGUUCAUCCUCCUCAUCAUUUUCAAAUGGAUUAUAUUCCUUUUUGUCACUCUGCAAAGCUGUGUUAGAAAAAGAAGCCAUUUGAGAAGCGCCUUUGGCAAAUAGAUUAGCAGGGUCUUCCUCUAAUUGAGGAGUAUCUGCAUCAUCUUCAAAGGGGUUUAGAGAUGCUGUCUGAUUUUGGUCUUUGCCUCUAUCACACCGUGGGACAUUCUGGGGUCUGACCGGGACGAUCAAGUGCUCUUUAGCUGGCAGCUCUUCAACAACAGGAGCUUUAAAACUUGGGUUCCUUUUGAUCUGAGUAAUAUCCAAAUCCAAUGCAUGUGCUAUCAAGUUCUGAUUCUCUUUUUCGGCUUCAUGCUGAUGCUGCUUGACUUCUCUGAAGUCUAAGGAGCGUGUCCUUGAGUGCUGAGACAUGACUUUGUGGUGUUCUCUUUCCCACUCUUUUUCACGAAGAACCUGAAGUUCCUCCCUCUGCAUUUCUUCCUCUUCUGCCUGUUUUUUAGAAAGCUCAAUAGCUUUCUGAGUCUGCUGUUGAUCAUACUCAUCCUGAAGCUGUCUCAGGUUCUCUUGCAACAUAUGGACUUCAUCUAUCCGAUUAGCUGCCUUUGCUUGCUUAAUAAAGGAUGUGAUAUUGUCAAUCUGCUGAAGAAGUGGGUCUGCUAUCUCUCUCUCUCGAGAUAUGCUAGAUGUGGGUAACCAGCCUUCGGAUUUCCUUACUGUUCCUUUUUUCGGAUGAGUUGCGUCACCAUUAACUGCAGCUGCAGAUCUGGAGAUCAAAUCUUUCUGCUUUUCCUCUUGUUUUCUGCACGUUUCAAGAGCCACCUAAGACAGUCAGCAUUUAGAACACCAUAAGCUUGAAAAAUGCCACUUUUAUAUCUAUAGCUACAAAAAGUUAGGAUAGCUACAUUAGACAUUGCUGGCCCCCACUGAAAGGGAUCGGUAGCAUUUUUGGUUACUUUAUGCAUUUAUGCUUUCCCCAGUCUUUAGAAGAGACCCUAGAGUCACAACAGGUAUUUGCAAGGAAUUCAGUUAAAGCGAUUCUCUUAAUUUCAGAAAUACAUCUCCCUGGUAAGUACCUUAGAGUACACUUCCAGGCCAACAUGAAAAAGUGUGCCUCACAACACAAAUAUACUCAAAGAGAAGUGAGCAUCACACUGCAGAAAAUGCCUGUUUUCACAGUACUACCUAAAUGCUUCUCUUCAUUCAUCUGUGAAGAUACUUAUCAAAAUCCCAUCACAUAUGCCUAUACAAACUUCAGGCCAAGCAGAAGCAGUGAUGGUACUGCACAUAGAGCAAAAAUUGCCUAGGCAACUGUGCCAAAAAUGGUUUCAAAUUGAUUUGGAUAGUAACCUAAUCACAUCUGACUAUAGCAGACACUUCUGUAAUGGAGCAUCACACAAUGUUAAAGGUCAUUAAUAUGAUUAGAUUAUGGAAUGCAAUAUAUCACCAAGUUUUAGAGAAUAUAAAUGCAUCCUGCCUCAAGAAACUGUACCAAAAAAUUUAACAAGAUUCUUAUUUCUCAGCUUCUACCUUAAGAUAAAGCUGAUUUACUGUAUAAUUAAUGAUAUCUUCCCUCCUAACUGAAAAACAAACAAAACCCCCACCCUCUCUCUGAAGAGGCAUCCUCAUUCUAGAUGUGUGCUCUUUUAUGACCUAAUGAAGUCUCCAAACUCUACUUGUGCAAAUGGGCUCCACAACACAAACUUCAAACCCACAAACUAACAGAAUUGUGUAUAUAGUUACAUCUUUGUAGGAGGCCCCCAUAAAAGAUGGCAUAGAUCUUAACUUUUCUUACCAUAUGCAAUCUUUUCUUCUUCAACUCUUCAUACUGGUCUUUGGUUGGCAGGGACAUCAGACCAAGGAGUUUUUCCUG